AAAAAAAUUUUUUUCAACAACUUAAACAAACAUCUAUGGAAAAACUUCAUGCAUUACUAGGUUCAAGAAUUAAAAAUCCACCAAGACACGCUAAUACGACAAAAAUGGAAGUUUGUUAAAAACAAAAAAGAUGCCUUCCAUUUAAGCGGUUUAAAUGCAGCGUAGAACUGAUUUGAACCCAAUCAAACACUGUAUGGAACUGAUUUUGCUAGUGGUGAGGGAUCCAAAGAAAGAUUCCCUUUUUUAUGUGACUAUACCUAGAAAAUAUUCUAGGUUUUGUUUAGUGGUUUUACAUUCCUGACAAAGACUCAAUUUUUCUUUUAAAAAUUUUCUGCAUUUGGAACAGAAUCUUGAAAUUGAGAAACAACCUAUUUAAAAACCCAGGGUUUUCCCCCUUCAGGUCCUUCCUGCGGUCUACUUGAAGCCCGCGACACCAGCUUAGUGCUCAGGAACAACUAAGGCAGCCUCAGUAGGACCCCUCGCCUAGGCCCGCCCCAACGGACCGACUUCCGGCCGAGCCUGGGCCCGCGUCCCGCCCCACGAGCACGAGAUUCGUCGGAAUUUUCCCGCGAGGCCGCCAGGGUGCAGGGUCGCUGGCCAAGCCCCAGAGUGCACUGCGAAUACGUGCGCGCGCGGCUCAGCUGCCGAGCAGCCGCGGGAAAAUUCUAAAAGAGUCAAAACAAAACACAAAAUCCAGUACGAGGCAAAGUCAAAUUUUCAAGCCACAGAACCCGGGCGGUUGGCAGCCUUGCCGCCACUGCCCAAACUGCUGAAGUUGCUCUGGCGCGGACCACCGAUUUGAUGUAUGUUCACUGUUUUCUUCAGUGUGUAGCUAACCACUGUGAAGGCACAAUACUUUGUCCCUUUUUCUGAGAUGGCUGAAGACUCAGCAGGCCUUCCUUCUAAUUAUCAGUUUUGGAUGCAGAAGCUUUCUGUCUGGACCCAGGCCUCCACUUUGGAAACCCAGCGAGACAUCUGCCUUCACCUGCCACAGUUCCAGGAGUUCCUGAGGCGGAUGUAUGAAACCUUGAAAGAGAUGGAUUCAAAUACAAUCAUUGAAAGAUUCCCCACAAUUUGCCAGCUGUUGGCAAAAUCUUGCUGGAGUCCUUUUAUCUUAGCUUACGAUGAAAGCCCCAAAAUUCUAAUAUGGUGCUUGUGUUGUCUAAUUAAGAAAGAUCCACAGAAUUCUAGAGAAUCAAAACUUAAUUCCUGGACACGGAGGUUGUUAUCGCAUAUAGUUUCCACAUCCAGAUUUGAUAUAAAAGAAGUUGGUCUUUUUAAUCAAGUUCUUGGGUAUGCACCCACAGACUACUAUCCUGGUUUACUUAAAAAUAUGGUUUUAUCAUUAGUGUCUGAACUCCGAGAGAAUCAUCUUAAUGGAUUUAGCAGUCAAAGACGGAUGUCUCCUGAACGAGUAAGGUCCCUGUCACGAAUCUGUGUCCCACUUCUUACUUUGCAAGAUUUUGAACCACUGGUAGAGGCUCUGCUCACCUACCAUGGACAUGAACCUCAGGAAGUACUCUGCCCUGAGUUCUUUGAUGCUGUGAAUGAGGCUUUUUUGCUGAAGAAGAUUUCUCUCCCCACGUCAGCUAUACUCUGCCUCUGGCUUCGGCACCUUCCCAGCCUUGAAAAUACAAUGCUUCAUCUUCUUGAAAAGCUCAUCUCCAGUGAGAGAAAUUCUCUGAGAAGGAUCGAAUGCUUUAUGAAAGACUCACUGCUGCCUGAAGCUGCUGCCUGCCACCCCGCCAUUUUCAGAGUUGUUGAUGAAAUAUUCAGGUCCGCACUCCUGGAAACCGAUGGAGCCCCAGAAGUACUAGCCGGCCUUCAGGUGUUUACACGAUGCUUUGUAGAAGCUCUGGAAAAAGAAAACAAGCAGUUGAAGUUUGCACUCAAGACCUACUUUCCUUAUGCUUCUCCAUCUCUUGUCAUGGUGCUCCUCCAACACUCGAAAGAUAUUCCGCAGGGACUAUGGCACCAGUCACUGAAACAUAUCUCUGAAAUGCUCAAAGAAAUAGUUGAAGACCACGGGUCCUAUGGAGGCCCCUUUGAGAGCUGGUUCUUGUUUGUUCACUUUGGAGGAUGGGCUGAUAUCACGGCUGAGCAGUUACUGAUGUCAGAAGCUGAGGCUGAACCCCCAGAGGCCCUGCUGUGGCUCCUGGCUUUCAGCUACAGCCCAGGCACCGGGCAUCAGCAGAGAGCUCAGACCAUGGUGGAGGUGAAGACAGUGCUUGGCUGCCUCACGAAGCUGUUCAGCAGUCCAGCCCUCUCGGCCAGGGAUUUGCAGGCUGCAGCUGGAGAGAACCUAGGUGGAGACCCCAGACCGCCUGCUUGUCAGCAGCUGGUCAGACGCCUCCUCCUGCACUUCCUGCUCUGGGCUCCUGGAGGACACACGAUUGCCCGGGAAGUCAUCACCCUCAUGGCUCAGACAGAUGCGAUAAUGAACGAGAUUAUUGGCUUCCUGGACUAUACUUUGUACAGAUGGGAUCAUCUUUGCGUGGAAGCCCAUAGGUCGAGAAAACUGGCCAGAGAGCUCCUCACAGAGCUGCGAGAGCAAGCCUCGCCUAGGCAAGUUAACCAAUGACUCCACACGAUGAAAUGAUGGGGCCACUUCUUAACAGCCACAAGUUUGUAGAAUGUGUUCCCUCUUCGCAUUGUAAAAUGAGCUGUAAACAUCUGGCAAGAUCUGGUAGUACAUGUUUUACAAAAAAUGUCAGGUGAGAUUUACUCACUAAUGACAGGAUUGUGGCUUCAGCAGCCCCUGUGCCUGCUCAGCCCAAAUGUCGAUUAGAGAACCGCUAAAGAAAAGCCUGGAUGGGACAGCGAUUUCCAUUUCCUUUUUUCCCCAUAUCAAACCAAGACACACGACUAUUAUUUGGAUGUUUCAAACUCUUUGGAACAAGAAGUUGGUCAUGCACUAUUGAUCAUUUUAGAAAAUACCGUAGCCUUUUUCCACUUUUUUAAGAAGUCCGGUAAUUGUUACCAGUGUCUCAUCCUAUCCACCAGGAUGCUCUCUUGCUUUCCUAAGACGUGCUUCAUCAGGGUAGUGUGGGUCCCUCGGGUUUCCCUCCCAUGGCCGCUGAGCAGAGCCCACCAAGCCCAGCGGCAAGUGGUGGUGACGGGAGCAAGACGUCUUAGCGGUGAAGUGACGCGCGCUCUGGGGCCUUGUGCUUGACAUCGCUAAGCGCCGGCGGUUCCUGAGAGAGCUCGUGCUACCUCAAAGGCGGCUGACAGGGUAGGGUCAGGGUGUGUUCUGGAAGCAUUGGAAGAGAUUAUAUGUCAGCGUCUUGUUAACUAAAAUGGGGGUUGGAAAUUUCUAAUAAAGAAUUGGAACCUCAACAAUAUUUAUUUCACAUCAGUUAAAGGUUUAUGCUUUGGCUUUUUUGUGUAUUAUCUGUUUGUCGAGUGAGUCAGGACUUUUAUGUCCACUUGGAUUUAUGUAUUAGUCAUCUCUGAAUCUGCCUUAUUCUUGGCUUCUCUUUGAGGAUGAGUAAAGUUUUGUUGUAUUAGACAUUAAGCUUUUAGAGGAAUUACUUGUUUUGGUAUACGGAUCCACCUGAAGGUCUGGAAAAUUCCAAGACCUUUUGACCUGAGCCUUCCAUCUGAGAAAUGCUACAGUAUGAAAGGCAUGCUGUUAAAAUGCUCUUAUCACAAGUGCGAUCAUCACGCGCUUCCCUCAGAGUGAGGACGCCUCUCCUCUGUGGAUUCUUGCCGGGGAAGCUGUGACCAACUUCAGUGGACAUGGAAGAAAGGCUCAGCUCAGUGGUACUGAGUCCCCCCCUACACCGAGUGGCCACCGGGAACCAGCCCUCCUGGGGGGGGCGGGUAUGCUUCCACGUGGACAUCCAUUCACACUGUAUUUCACAGCAAAUAAUAAAAACAGGACAGUUAUCUAUCUC